AUGGUAUCCCGAGCUGCACUUGCGCGUUGUUUAGCCAGACCGGCCUUCCAAGCCUCUAGAUUGGGUGCCCGUGUUGCCCCACCGGCAUAUCGACGGCCAUUGCUCAACGUUCAAAGCAGAACACUAACAACUACUUUCCAACCUCAGGUCAAAGUUCUUGCUGUUUUGUAUGAUGGUGGAAGCCAUGCGAAGGAUGUCCCAGCUUUGCUCGGAACAACUGAGAAUGAACUUGGAAUCAGAAAAUGGUUGGAGGAUCAAGGACAUACCUUGAUCACCACUUCUGACAAGGAGGGCGAGAAUUCGACUUUCGACCGUGAACUAGUAGACGCAGAAGUCAUUAUCACUACUCCAUUCCAUCCUGGAUACCUUACUGCUGAGCGUCUUGCGAAGGCAAAGAACUUGAAGCUUGCUAUCACUGCAGGAAUUGGAUCUGAUCAUGUUGAUCUUAAUGCUGCUAAUAAGACAAAUGGCGGUGUCACUGUUGCCGAAGUCACUGGAUCCAACGUCGUCAGCGUUGCCGAACACGUUGUUAUGACUAUCUUGAUUCUCGUCAGGAACUUCGUCCCAGCUCAUGAACAAAUCAGACGCGGCGACUGGGAAGUUGCUGCUGUCGCUAAAGAUGAAUAUGAUCUUGAAAACAAGGUCGUUGGUACCGUCGGUGUCGGCAGAAUCGGAGAGCGUGUGCUCCGCAGAUUGAAGCCAUUUGAUUGCAAGGAAUUGCUUUACUUCGAUUACCAGCCACUCAGCGCACAAGUCGAACAGGAGAUUGGUUGCCGUCGUGUUGAGAGCCUCGAGGAGAUGAUUUCUCAGUGCGAUGUUGUCACUAUCAACUGCCCACUCCACGAAUCGACAUUUGGAUUGUUCAACAAGAAUUUGAUCUCCAAGAUGAAGCCUGGAUCGUGGCUCAUUAACACCGCACGUGGUGCCAUUGUUGUCAAGGAGGAUGUCGCUGAGGCUGUCAAGUCUGGCCAUCUUCGAGGAUAUGGUGGUGACGUUUGGUUCCCUCAACCAGCUCCAAAGGAGCACCCACUUAGAUACGCCCUUAACCCGUUCGGUGGUGGCAAUGCUAUGGUUCCCCAUAUGUCUGGAACAUCGUUGGAUGCUCAGAAGCGAUAUGCUGAUGGCACUAAAGCCAUUCUUGACAGCUACUUGAGCGGCCGACAUGACUACAAGCCCGAGGAUCUCAUUGUCUACAAGGGAGAUUACGCUACCAAGUCUUAUGGUCAGCGUAAGUGA